ACGCACAGAGGAUCCUGACGGCAGCAUCAGUUCAGCAGCGCAGGGUUCAACUCACAGGUGAUUUUCUCUCCCGCUGUCUCUUCGUGAACCGGCAUCGCAACUGUUUUGUUUUGUCUUUUGUACAGAAACUCAAAGCUGCGGGUCAGUUGUUGGGAGAGAAAUACAGCAGACAGAGGAAUAACCGGGAUUUACUGCUACUUCGAGGAUGUGCGGCGUGGAUGUGGACCUGGAAGACGGAGGCUCAGCUGAGGAGGAGAAAGAGGAGGAGUUCUGGAUGGGGGAGGGAGUGAAGAUGCUGCCUCCUCCCGUGGCCCACAGCGGGGGCAGUGCGUGGGGCAGCCGCAGGGGCAGGUGUGGCUGCGUGGCCUGCGGGGCAGUUCUGAUCCUCUGGAACCUGAGCGUGGUCUUGGCCAGCGCUCUGCUCCUGGCUGUGGUCUUCUCUGUGGUGCUGCUGCCUGCAGUGCUGCUGCUCUACGCUGGUUUCCUCUGUCACUCCAGGGUCCUUGAUGCCCCCUCUGCCAUCUGCCGUUACCUUGACGACAACAGCUGCUCUGCCCUCAUCAUCCUGGGCUUUGUGAUGAUGUCUCCGCUCGUGGUCGUGGCCGCUGCAGUUUUCUGCGGCCUGCUCCGGAGGUUCCGACUUCUGCUCUUCAUUCAGCCGAUCACACGAGCCUGGUACAGGGGGAGGCUGCUGGACUGGGCGGGCAGCGUCCACGCCUGGGUCUGAUCAGAGAACAGCUCCUGAGGGUCAUGUGGAAGGAGAGAACAGAAAGUCAAAUCUGUGUAAAAUGAAGCAGGAAGACACAGAGGGUAGACAAAAUAACAGAAACACCUCACAGUUUAAUCAAUGUGACAACAAAUCUCUUUGUUGUUGUGAUCUGUUUUGUCGAGAUUGAGUCACAAGUGUUGCCUUCAACAAACCGGCUUUCUUGAUGACAGUUUGGUGGGCAGAUCAGCAUCACUCUCUCAAUUGUUUGCUCAAGAAUGAAUCUACAACCAGCCGUUGAUUAGCUUAGCUUAGCUUAGCAUAAAGACAGGAAAUGGGCAAACAGCUGAGCUCUGUCCAACAGUUAGAUUAAGGUUAAUAAAACACAAAACACAUAUAUUUAUAUGUCAUGUAUUAAAUAGUGAGAUUUAGAAGUGCUAUUUGUUCUUUGUACAAGGCCUGGUCCCUGGUUCUAUGCUAAGCUAAGCUAAGCUAAGUUUCUCCUGGCUUCGGCCUUAAGUCCUGAUUAUGCUCUUAUGCAGACAUGGGCAGCUGCAGGCACCACAGGACGUGUAGUUGGUAUCAAUAAUGUUAUACUUUAUAUCCAUUUGUACACAAAGUUCUGUGCUACAAAUAUUUUGCAUCCACUCAAGUCCCCUAGAAUCCAUGCAGACACCUCUGUAUGCCGGCCAAAAUUUGUGUCUGGGCAGACGCUACAAGGGCAGCGGUGCACAGGCUCGGCACUAAUGUGUAUGCGUAGAAUACAUAUUUAUGGAAAACACAUUAUGCAUGGAGCAAAGUUGUACCAACAGACUGCAAAUGAACAAGAAAGUAGUAAAAGCGACAACUAUGCACCCGUGGAGUAAAUAGUUGUCCAUGUGCAUGUCUGAGUUCUAUGCCCUUGUCAUUAAACUUUCAGAAAGAAAGCAAAUACAUGUAUUUUUCACAAAUAUCAUACUGUCUGCUUCACAGUUUUCAUUAUUUUGUCUACCUUCUGCACAUUUUGGGUGUCUGUGGUUUUCUUGAAAAAAAUAAGAUUGUACUUAAGUUACUAGUAGCAGUUUCCACACAGUCUUAAUUGGCUUUGAACUAGAAAUUUAAAAUGUUUUUUGUGUUAUAUAGAGGUUGUUUUUUUUAUGUCAAGUUUACAUACAAGCAGCAUAAAGAUUACACAACAUAUUCUGCUCUCAUUCUGUUGAGGGAAUAAAAUGCAACGCGAGAUAGUCGGAAGAGAAAUGAAGAAUAUUUGUGGGAUGUAAAUAAUAAAUAUAGGUUUCCAGACAAACUUAAAUUGGUUGUUGUACUCAAAGAAUUCUAAUUUUCUUUUGAGGAUGCAUCACAAACUGGUUUUUGAAAACAGUAUUUACUAGGAUCUGUAUAUAAAAGUAACAUUUUUGUGAUUUGGUGUUCUGUUGACAUGGCUACCUGAGGGAUUUUCUCAGAAAUGCAACAGUAUUUCUGGUUGGACAUAAGAGUUCUGGCAAAAACUCGAAGCACUUUUUUGAGUUUAACUUGGUCCAGUUUGUUGUGCUCAGUGGGGCCUUCAAACACCCUGGAAAACAAGGUGAAGACUGAAAAAUGUGUGAUAUAAAGCAGCAUGCUGGGACUUUGAUGUUGUCUGUGAGGUGAAUUAAAUGGACAAUGAUGUUUGUACUACAGUUUACCUGAUGUAGCAUCACUAACAGUCGUAUCUUGCUGGAGGGAGUAUAUGAAAUAUAUUUCAUUUUAGUACAUCUUCUAGAUCACAUUGUGUCAUAAAAACACCCUUCAUUAUGAACACAACAUGACAGCAUGACAAUAUAAUGGCUGUUUAGUGGUAGCCAGGUGUUAAAGAGGGAUUUGAAUCAUCGGAUCAGGGGCUCUUCUGCUGCCUCUUUGCUUUCAGGUCAUUUCAAUUCAUCAGUGACAAAUGCACUGCACACCCUUUUUAUCUGCGUCCUCGCUCUGUAAUUAAGUGUUCAGUUCUGCAGUUUCAUUUGUUAGAGGAAAGAAAUGAACCAUAUUUCAUAACAAGCAGGUAUCACUUGUCCUGUGCCACCAUUAUUAAAUUGAAAUAUAUUUA